AUGACAAGUUCCUCUACCACUGAAAUCACAGAUAUGCCCAUCUCUGAGGUUUCUGUGACGCCCAUCUCUUUCAUGCCACAAUUUGCUUUACCAUUCACUGUCAACUUAAAACACAGUGAUGGCGACAAGAAACAUGAGCGCAGCCUGGAAGCCAACACAGUUCCGGUUACUGACCUCGGCCUAGACAUUCGUAACUUUGACGAUGCAGCCAAUGAAACAAGUUCCCCAAGCCUUCAUAACGUUACCAACCAGAGUGAAGUGGAAGAAAUAAACGCCACAGAACACAAUCAACUUCCAAGUUCGUUAAUGCUGAACUCAAGCUAUGGCGACCUCACAGACACAAACAAUACAACCAACACAAUAAGUCUAUCAAAUCUGCACAACAUUAGUGGCCAGGGGGGAGUUAAAAACACAGAACAAACCGGAAUGCCAGGUUCAGUCAUGCUGAACUCAAGUGACGACAAUGUAACCACUGUUGAAGAAAUCGGUAAUAUUACGAAGGACAACAAUGCCAUUAAACUGAUCAUUGCGCAAUCUUCUAAUAACACAAAUCAGGAGUUUAACAAAGCCUUAAAAACAUUCAUGACUAACUCAAGUUAUCGAAGCAAGACUGUUGCUAGUAAUCAAACUGUGAUCGGCAGCAGAAAACCUGAUCAGGGGCAGAAAACCAUUACAGAUUAUUUUGAAAACAAUGCUAAUGUGGAAGAGGUCGCUGGGGACCUGGAUGUGACAGUCAAAUCCACGGACCUACAAGAUGUCGAUGACAAAGUGCUGACUGAACAACCAGAAACUUCAGAGGGUAUCCAAGUAGAAGUCAAGGGGCAUACAGUAGAGCCAGCGGAACCAUUUGCGUUCAUAGAGAAAGAUGAGACCAAAGCACCAACAGAGUAUCAGUACACAUGGGGUGAGUGGAGUGAAUGCAGUCUCACCUGCGGCGUCGGCCAGAAGUUCAGAACCAAUCGCUGUGGUGGCGAUCUGCCGUGCACGGGUAUCAAGGCCAGCUCCGAAACUGAAGUCUGCUCCAUAAAGGAUGAAUGUUGA